AUGUUCCUGGUGUUGUUAGUGAGUGCCUGCAUAGGUUCGGGUCUAGCAGAUAUUGAACGUGAUUAUGUGAAUUAUGGGGGCAGAUACAAAAUAAGAGUACAAGACGAUAUUCAUGUAAUUGAUUUCCUUCAGAGGUAUGGUAAUGAUGCUAUACCUAUUUGGAAACGUGACGACCCUGAGGGCACUGAGAAUCCCAGGGGGAGGAUGUGGGGCAACAGCUUUACAAUAGAAAAUGUGACCCAGAGAGACAGUGGCCGGUACAUUCUAAGAAACUCAAAAUCAAGACUUAUGUCAGUGAGGAUUGUCGAUGUCGCAGCUAAUACACAGAGGGUUUCUCUAAAAGAGGGUCAAGAGUUCAGCCUCCAAUAUGAUCUGGAGCAACAAUCUUGCAACAUUUACUUUUUCCCAAAAGGUGUCCAAGAGACUGAGAUGGUUCGUCAUGGCAGGCUGGAGUCAGACGCGGACUUAAGUGGUUGCACAGGGUUUCAGCUUUUAAAGCCUUGUGGAAUUCUAAACGAGAAUAUCCCAACAUCAUGUGUAGGACGUUUUGAGAUCAGAGAUCAUAAUGAUGACCCGGCCCUCAAAGUGUCAGUGCACAUUGAGGCUUCUAAGUCUUAUACAUCAUAUCUGUGGGGUUCUGGAGGAGCUUUAAUCUGCACAUGUUUAGCCUGCUGUCUGAGGCUGAUCUGCGGUUGCAGCUCUGGCAGACACUCCGACUUUGCCCCUCUCCUCUGA